UUUUUUAGACAAAACACUCUUUUACCUUUCUUCUCUAUUCCCAUGUGUCCCUUCAAGAUAAAAGUACAUUUUUUCCAAAAUGCAGCUGACGCAGAAAAAAAUGGGAACACUUUUCUUGACUUCAGUUUACAAACAUAAAAUGCAACAUAAACGCUCUUGGGUUUAAAAAAUAUUUUAUUUAAAUGGCUACAAGGCCUGAGAUGGAAUUUCCUCCUUUCGAUGUUUCCCUAAAUGAUUUGAAAUCCCUUAUGGAAUUUUCCGGAAACGAAGCCAGAGAAAAGAUUUAUAAUUAUUAUGGAGGUACAGAAGGCUUAUGUAAACGAUUACAGACCGAUCCUAACAACGGAAUUGCUGGGAAUUUGGAAGAACUUAACAGGCGAAGAAAUGUGUUUGGUACUAAUCAAAUUCCUGAACACCCUCCAAAAUCAUUUUUGACUGACUAUGAUUAUGAAAAUUCUAAAAUUAAUGAUGAAUUAAUUAUAUCAGAAAUAGGACUUCUCAUUUCAUUCAACAUAGUUCUUGUUAUUAAAGCUUGCAUUGAUUACAAAGCUGAAAGGAAAUUUAGAGAUUUACAAGGAAAAAUAAAUUGCCAAAACAAAUUUGUUGUAGUACGUGAUGGCCAGCAAAUUAGUGUCAUUGAAACAGAACUUGCAGUUGGUGAUAUUGUUUUAAUUAAACAUGGGGAUAGAAUCCCAGCGGAUGGUGUGAUUAUAGAUAGUAAUAAAUUAAAUAUCGAUGAAUCACUUCAUAAUGGAUCAUCCGAUAAUGUUAAAAAAUCAGUUGAAAGUUGUCCUGUGGUUUUUACUGGAACAAACGUUGUGGGAGGAGAUGGCCGUAUCCUCAUAAUUGCUGUAGGAGUCAAUUCUCAAAAUGGUGUUAUUUUGACACUUCUAAGAAAAAUAGAGAGCAAUAUUAAAAAUAGAAAAAAGAAUAAGAGCAAAUCUUCAAAUAUCAAAAGGGAUGAAGAAAAUCAGCAACCACUUUUGGGGAGUGAUGAAAAGUUCAAAAAUGGAACAUACAAUUCUGAUAUAGUUUUAACAAAAAUCGAAAAUGAAUUGUCAACAAGAAUUGAAAUUAUCUGGGGAAAAUUAAUUCAAGUUUUUCUAUAUUGCCUUUGUUUUGGCCUCAUUUUUGCUAUUAUUAUUGUGAUUAUAACGCUGCUUCGCUUUUUUAUUGGCCAAUAUGUUUUUGAUUCUCAGAUUACAAGAUCAGAUUUAUUCAAAAUUCUAUCGAUUUUAUUUACUGGAUUAACAUUUCUUCUAUCGUCCUUCCCUGUAGGGAUUCCCUUAUCAGUUUUAAUUUCUAUCGAAUAUUCUGCAAGUAAAAUGAAGAAAGAUAAUUAUUUAACUAAAAAUUUUUAUCAAUGUGAAACUUUGGGAAAUGUAACGAAUAUUUGUUUUGAUAAAACUGGAACCUUAACAAAUAAAUCGGAUGCUGGUCAAACUCUUUGUGAUGAUGUCCCCAAGACAAUUUCCGUUUGUCAGCAAGCGGGAAUUGAUGUACGAAUGGUCACUGGUGAUAACAUAAUCACAGCCCGUUCAGUGGCCAUGUCUUGUGGUAUUUUAAAGCCUGGAGAUGAUUAUCUCGUUCUAGAAGCUAAGGAAUUUAAUGAAAGAAUUUGCGAUAUUGAUGGAGAAUUAUCGCAAGAAAAACUUGAUCAAAUUUGGCCUAAAUUGAGAGUUCUAGCUGAUGCUAAACCAAUUGACAAAUAUAAUUUAGUUAAAGGGAUUAUAGACAGCAAAAUUAAUAAAAAUAGAGAAAUUGUUGCGUUUGUGGGGGACGGAACAAAUGACUGUCUUGCAUUGAAAAGAGCACAUAUCGGUGUUGUAAUGGCAAAAUCAAGUACCUAUUUGGCUAAAGAAGCUUCCGAUUUAAUAAUAACUGGCGACAAUUUUAAUUCAUUAAUUAAAGCUAUAUUUUGGGGAAGACAUAUUUAUGAUUCGAUUACCAAAAUUCUUCAAUUUAAUUUAAUUGUCUUUUUUGUCGAAAUUGUUUUGGUAUUUGGUGGUUCUCUUUUAUCUCUGGAUAUAUUGAAGGUCGUUUAA